GUGUAUCCUCCCUUGAAGCCCAGAAUGAGUUUUUUUCGGAAGUGGCGCGCUCCUCCCCGGUUGGAGUUUGGCUCUAAAAAAGACGCUCAACCAUGAAAAUAACAUCAUAAGUUUCUAAUGGGGAAGUCUCGCUCCCGCUGGCCGCGCGUAUUCCCCCUGUCGAGACUGACGAGCGGCUUCUGGAGGCGUCCUCUCUCCAAAAGGAGUCUGAUCGUGGCCACCGCGUGCGUCGUCUAUCUGCUCUUUGUGCUGUCGUACGUGGGAUACUCGCAGCAGCACCGGGACAGGAGGACCGACGGCGACAAGUACCGACGCGCCCGCGGACUCGCCGACGGCGCGUCUCUAGACUCCGCGGACCCGCAGACCGGCACGAGCCUCGCGGUCCCCACCCGGUCCAACGUGGUGUACAUUACGCUGAAGUUCAAGCGCCUGAAACCGGCAAACAUUCGUGGCACAAUCCGGCCAAAGCUGAGGAGAAAGCUCCGCAAGAGCAAAUCCGCCGGGUCAGCUUUUACGCAGGACAAACUUGGCACUUUGGAGCGGGACGCGGGACAAACUGAGCGCAGCUUGGCACCCGAGGCCCCCUGGAGAGAAACCAGGGAUGUUGACUACAAAUCUUUGGACGCGGCCCAGAAGUCCCGCAGAGAUGAAGGGGCCGAGUCCAACAUCAGCUCCAUCCGCAUCUACAGCCAGCGGGCGCCGCAGUGGUUCAGCGCGCGCGACGUGAGCGCCAUGCGCUUUCUGGCGGACGCCAAAGUUUUGCGCAUCAGGGAAGUUCCGCGCGGGGACUCCGCGCCGCUGCUGCUGUUCGAGGGCGACACGGGACCCUCGCCGUCCCCGCCGGCCGACAGGCGAGGCCACGCGGAACGGAGCGACGUGUGCGCGGGCCGGUGCGGGGUCAUCAGCAGUCCCGUGGACACCGCCGAGGUCUUCGCUUUCCACCUGGACAGGGUGCUGGGGCUGAACAGGACGUCGCCGGCCGUGAGCAGGACGUUCCGGUUCUUACACGACGGCCGGCCCUGUCCAGUGGUGUCGUGGGACGCGUCUCUGUACCCGGGAGGCCUCGCCGCAGGCCGGGCCGCCGUGAGGUUGACGUGGGGGGGCUACCAGAGGUCCCUGAGACAGAGGUGCUGGCACAGAAACAUCCGGCCGAAGCCCGACUCUGGCUGCUCCACCAUCCAUCACUACGAGUGGAGCAAACUUGCUCUGUUUGACUUCUUGCUGCAGAUUCACAACCGCCUGGAUCGGAGCUGCUGCGGGUUCAGGCCCCGGCGGGAAGAUGUGUGCGCGGACCUCGGACACCGCGCCGACUGCGGUGACCCCGACCGCAUACAGCUGGCCAACAUCAUCCACCGGGGUCACGACCCCAGGCACCUGGUCUUCGCCAACAACAAGGGCUUCUUCGACCGCAACGAGGACAACUUGGACUUCAGGCUGCUGGAGGGAAUCACCGAGCUCCCGGAGCAGGCCGUGUCGGUGCUGAGGAGCAGGAGGCUGAGGGAGAGGCUGCUGCAGUCGCUGUUCCUGGACCAGACGUACUGGGAGAGCCAGGGCGGCCGGCCGGGCAUCGACAAGCUGAUCGACGUCGUGGAGCGGCGGGCGAGGGCGCUCCUCACCUACAUCAACGCCCACGGCAUCGCGGUGGCCGCGAUGAACGCGUGACGAGGUGCACGCCAGUCGAGUGCCAACGUUACCCCGGGAUGCAGACCGUUUCAAAUGAGCGGUCUCAUCCCGGUGACUGCACCGUGUCCUUUUUUUUUUUUCCUUUUUUUUUACAAGACACUGGAGCCGUAUCCAUUUACAUUAAUGCUUAAUGUCAUUUGAUAUCAUUUCGUUUUUUUAUUUAAUGCACUGAGAGCAUCAGUUCAAGUGGUCCUGAGGAUUGGGGCCAUGUCAUAGGGUGAAUAUUUUUAAUAUUUGAAAAGAAAAUCGAAGAAAUUCAUUAUGCUAAUGAAGGAUUUAUUAUAAAUUGCCCGCUGACCUUUGGAAAAUAGUGCACACUGUGUUGUCGAUAACUGUACCAGCAAACCAUUCGAGUAAUCUGUGGUUCCGGAGACGUGUAUAUAAAACUCACCAUUCGCUUUAGACACUGAGGAAUUCAUUUGAUUUAACUAAUUGUGCCAUUUACACUAUGUAAUUCAUUAACUCUUACUUAAGGAAACUAAGGAGGUUUAGUUCCUCCUACUGAGUCUUCAUUCUUCCGUCUUCCCCGGAGGCCAAUGCGCUGUCAUCGUUAUGUAAAGGAUGCGCUGCAUGUUAGAACUUUCCCCCCGCUUGCUCCCCGAGGCCUCUCCAGCGAUAAUAUAGUAUAAUUUAUAUUGUUUAUGACGGGAAAGCACUACGCGAUAAGUCAUUGUCCGGGUGGAGAUAACGAGGCCGCAGCCCGGAUCCACUUUGGCUUGACUGGCGUCAAGAUAAGAGUUCAAUUUUGAAGAAGUGAUUUACAAUCUCGUGGCGUUUUUUUUUUAUGAACAAAACCCUCAAGACGCUAACAUGAUUACUGUACUUUAUCGUUCGGGGAGAUCUUUACAAGGAAGUACAUUACAAAGUGAAGGACAUAAGAAGUCAGACAGUGCCAUUCUCUUUUUUUACGUGCGCUCUUUAUUUCCUUCUUUUUUUAGUUUAACGACAAAACACUGCUUUCGUCAUUUCCAUUGUAUUUAUUUAUUUUUUUGUACCCUUUUUCCCCCCCUAACUAUUGAAGCUGUCAAUAAAAGUGUUGUGUUCCUUUUC